AUGCAACUUACAAGAGGAAUCUCGAAGCUGUUUAUUGUUUUGCUUUUCAAGGCGCUUACCUUAACUGCUGAGAUGUACGAGGAAAAUGUUGACCUAUUUUGCAAUCUCACUCACAUGAUUAUAAGAGUGGAGCCAUUGAUACCUGACUUUCAAGAAUUUAAGAUGAAGGGUACCGCUAAUAUAGUCGGCCAUCAAGGUAUACAAGAAUGUACGUUUUAUCCCAUCCAGAAUGAGAAUUUGUAUGAACUCGUGUUGGCUUACAAUGAAACUACGUGUGGCUCAAUAUUUUUCGAGAAAAACAAUCGCACAGUUUAUUCGAAUACGUUUGUCGUACAUCAUCAAAAGACAGUGGAAACAACGACUGAUAAACAUUAUAAACCUGUCUGUGAUCCAGCUAUGAUAACAAAGCACAUCACCCUUCGUGGAAUUCUUAACAUGCAGGCGUCAAAGAAGGGUUUUUACUCAGCACCUAAUAGCAGAGGGCCUAUAGCACUGUCUUCGUGGAUAGCACUUUCAAGUGCAUUGGUUGUGUCGUUUGGACUAUCUUCACAUGAACACUAACGGGAAGGAUGUACUGCGCAUGUGCAUUUAAACGCGAAAAUGACAAUCCAAGGCAACAUCACCCUAAGAAACAGACUCGUGGUUGAGCAUUUUAACAAAUGAAUGAAUUGUGCUCAUGUUUUCUUGGAGCUCUGUCCUGACGAAUGAAGUCUCGUGAUAAUGAGAUUGGUUAUUUCCAUUUUCUAAAUACAUGCAAUAAUUCUCAGGCAAUGGGCAAGAGGAAACGCUCAUAUUGCUUUCACCUUCCUAGACGUAGCAUAAAUUGUAGAAUAUACCCAUUAUCCUUCUGAAACUAUAAUUACGAGACUGAAAAUAUUUGUAAAAAAAGUGGUAGAAGUUUCUGCACUCCCGUCCAUAAGUUUGGAAACCUAAAUUGACUUAUUUUGGGCACUGUCUUGGAAUAUGAAGAGUAUCGGAGGGUUUGGUGAAAAACUUUGAGAUGCUGUUUCUAUUAGCGUGCUGUUUCUCUAGACUAUAUACUGAUCAAAAAUGAUAUAGGCAAAUGAUACAAUGUCAAUAAUCUCUACUCGUAAUAUAUGAUAUUAUCGAUGAGUUCAAUGAUGUCUCGAAAUUAUUUCUAAUAUCAUGGCCUCCCAAAGAUGUUUUAGAGGGAAAAAAUCACAAC